GCAAUAGCAGCAGCCGUGGCGGCCACGGGGCGGGGCGCGGCGGUCGGCGACCGCGGCCGGGGCUGCAGGCGGCGGAGCGGCUGGUUUUGAAUAUACUAACAUUGAAUCAGCACUUCUAAAGCCCUGCCUUCUCUCACUGGCUUCAGUUGGCCUUCAGACAUAAUGAGGAGACUGGCUUUUCGAGGCGCUGGUUGUGCUCUGGUAAAGCUGAAGAAGUUGGAUUCCAUGGGUUCCAAGAGACGAAGAGCUACCUCCCCUUCCAGCAGUGUCAGCGGGGACUUUGAUGAUGGGCAUCAUUCUGUGUCUACACCAGGCCCAAGCAGGAAAAGGAGGAGACUUUCUAAUCUUCCAACUGUAGAUCCCAUUGCUGUUUGCCAUGAACUCUACAACACCAUCCGAGACUAUAAGGAUGAUCAGGGUAGACUCCUCUGUGAGCUCUUCAUUAGGGCACCAAAGCGAAGAAAUCAACCAGACUAUUAUGAAGUGGUUUCUCAACCCAUUGACUUGAUGAAAAUCCAACAGAAACUAAAAAUGGAAGAGUAUGAUGAUGUUAAUCUGCUGACUGCUGACUUCCAACUGCUUUUUAACAACGCAAAGGCCUAUUAUAAGCCAGAUUCUCCUGAAUAUAAAGCUGCUUGCAAACUCUGGGAUUUGUAUCUUCGAACAAGAAAUGAGUUUGUUCAGAAAGGAGAAGCAGAUGAUGAAGAUGAUGAUGAAGAUGGACAAGACAAUCAAGGCGCAGUGACUGAAGGAUCUUCUCCAAGUUACCUUAAAGAGAUCCUGGAGCAGCUUCUUGAAGCCAUUGUUGUAGCCACAAAUCCAUCAGGACGGCUCAUUAGUGAACUUUUUCAGAAACUGCCUUCUAAAGUGCAAUAUCCAGACUAUUAUGCAAUAAUUAAGGAGCCUAUAGAUCUCAAGACCAUUGCACAGAGGAUACAGAAUGGAAGCUACAAAAGUAUUCAUGCAAUGGCCAAAGAUAUAGAUCUCCUAGCAAAAAAUGCCAAAACUUAUAAUGAACCUGGUUCUCAAGUAUUCAAGGAUGCAAAUUCAAUUAAAAAAAUAUUUUAUAUGAAAAAGGCAGAAAUUGAACAUCAUGAAAUGGCUAAGUCAAGUCUUCGAAUGAGGACUCCAUCAAAUUUGUCAGCGACCAGGCUGACAGGCCCUUCGCACAGUAAAGGCAGCCUUGGUGAAGAGAGAAAUACCACUAGCAAGUAUUAUCGUAAUAAAAGAGCAGUCCAAGGGGGCCGUUUGUCAGCAAUUACCAUGGCACUUCAGUACGGCUCAGAAAGUGAAGAGGAUGCUGCAUUAGCUGCUGCACGUUAUGAAGAAGGAGAGUCAGAAGCAGAGAGCAUCACUUCCUUUAUGGAUGUUUCAAAUCCCUUUUAUCAGCUGUAUGACACAGUUAGGAGCUGUCGGAAUAACCAAGGGCAGCUAAUAGCUGAACCUUUUUUCCAUUUGCCUUCAAAGAAGAAAUAUCCUGAUUAUUACCAGCAAAUUAAAAUGCCCAUAUCACUACAACAGAUUAGAACAAAAUUAAAGAACCAAGAAUAUGAAACUUUAGAUCAUUUGGAGUGUGAUCUGAAUUUAAUGUUUGAAAAUGCCAAGCGCUAUAAUGUUCCCAAUUCAGCCAUCUAUAAACGAGUUCUAAAAUUGCAGCAAGUCAUGCAGACAAAGAAGAAAGAGCUUGCCAGAAGAGAUGACAUAGAGGAUGGAGACAGCAUGAUCUCUUCAGCCACCUCUGAUACUGGUAGUGCCAAAAGAAAAAGGAACACUCAUGACAGUGAGAUGUUGGGUCUCAGGAGGCUAUCCAGUAAAAAGAACAUAAGAAAACAGCGAAUGAAAAUCUUAUUCAAUGUUGUUCUUGAAGCUCGAGAGCCAGGUUCAGGCAGAAGACUUUGUGAUCUAUUUAUGGUUAAACCGUCCAAGAAGGACUAUCCUGAUUAUUAUAAAAUCAUCUUAGAGCCAAUGGAUUUGAAAAUAAUUGAGCAUAAUAUCCGCAAUGACAAAUAUGCAGGUGAAGAGGGAAUGAUAGAAGACAUGAAGCUGAUGUUCAGGAAUGCGAGGCACUACAAUGAAGAGGGCUCCCAGGUAUACAAUGAUGCCCAUAUCCUGGAGAAGUUACUGAAGGAUAAAAGGAAAGAGCUGGGGCCGCUGCCUGAUGAUGAUGACAUCACAUCUCCCAAACUCAAACUGAGUAGAAAGAGUGGUGUUUCUCCUAAAAAAUCAAAAUACAUGACUCCAAUGCAGCAGAAACUAAAUGAAGUCUAUGAAGCUGUAAAGAACUAUACUGAUAAAAGAGGUCGCCGCCUCAGUGCCAUAUUUCUGAGGCUUCCUUCCAGAUCUGAGUUGCCUGACUACUAUCUGACCAUUAAAAAGCCCAUGGACAUGGAAAAAAUUCGAAGUCAUAUGAUGGCCAACAAGUACCAAGAUAUAGACUCUAUGGUUGAGGACUUCGUCAUGAUGUUUAAUAAUGCCUGUACAUACAAUGAGCCUGAGUCUUUGAUCUACAAAGAUGCCCUUGUCCUACAUAAAGUCCUGCUUGAAACUCGGAGAGACCUGGAGGGAGAUGAGGACUCUCAUGUCCCAAAUGUGACCUUGCUGAUUCAAGAGCUCAUCCAUAAUCUUUUUGUAUCUGUCAUGAGUCAUCAGGAUGAUGAGGGACGAUGCUACAGUGAUUCCUUAGCAGAAAUUCCUGGUGUGGAUCCCACUUUUCCUAACAAACCUCCCCUUACUUUUGACAUUAUUAGGAAGAAUGUUGAAAAUAAUCGCUACCGGCGGCUUGAUUUAUUUCAAGAGCAUAUGUUUGAAGUAUUGGAAAGGGCAAGAAGGAUGAAUCGGACAGAUUCCGAAAUAUAUGAGGAUGCAGUAGAACUUCAGCAGUUUUUUAUUAGAAUUCGUGAUGAACUCUGCAAAAAUGGAGAGAUCCUUCUUUCUCCAGCACUCAGCUAUACCACAAAGCAUUUGCAUAAUGAUGUGGAGAAAGAAAAAAAGGAAAAAUUACCAAAAGAAAUAGAGGAAGAUAAACUAAAACGAGAAGAAGAAAAAAGAGAAGCUGAAAAGAGUGAAGAUUCGUCAGGUGCUACUGGCCUGUCAGGCUUACAUCGCACAUAUAGCCAGGACUGCAGCUUUAAGAACAGCAUGUACCAUGUUGGAGAUUAUGUCUAUGUGGAACCUGCAGAAGCCAACCUACAACCACAUAUAGUCUGUAUUGAGAGACUGUGGGAAGAUUCAGCUGGUGAAAAAUGGUUGUAUGGCUGUUGGUUUUAUCGGCCAAAUGAAACAUUCCAUCUGGCUACACGAAAAUUUCUAGAAAAAGAAGUUUUUAAGAGUGACUAUUACAAUAAAGUUCCUGUUAGUAAAAUUCUAGGCAAAUGUGUGGUCAUGUUUGUCAAGGAAUACUUUAAAUUAUGCCCAGAAAGCUUUCGAGAUGAGGAUGUUUUUGUCUGUGAAUCACGGUAUUCUGCUAAAACCAAAUCUUUUAAGAAAAUUAAAUUGUGGACUAUGCCCAUCAGUUCAGUUAGGUUUGUCCCUCGAGAUGUACCUCUGCCUGUGGUUCGAGUUGCCUCUGUAUUUGCAAAUGCAGAUAAAGGGGAUGAUGAGAAGAAUACAGAUAACUCAGAGGACAGUCGAGUUGAAGAUAAUUUUAACUUGGAAAAGGAAAAAGAAGAUGUCCCUGUGGAAAUGUCCAACGGUGAACCAGGUUGCCACUACUUUGAGCAGCUUCGUUACAAUGACAUGUGGCUGAAGGUUGGCGAUUGUGUCUUCAUCAAGUCCCAUGGUCUGGUGCGCCCCCGCGUGGGCAGAAUUGAAAAAGUGUGGGUCCGAGAUGGAGCUGCAUAUUUUUAUGGCCCCAUUUUCAUUCACCCAGAAGAAACAGAGCAUGAGCCCACAAAAAUGUUCUACAAAAAAGAAGUGUUUCUGAGUAAUCUGGAAGAAACCUGUCCCAUGACAUGUAUUCUGGAGUUUUCUGUCUUACAGUCUACCCCAAAGUCUGCCAAAGGCAGUGCAAAGAAGGAAGGCUCCAAACGGAAAAUCAACAUGAGUGGCUACAUCCUGUUCAGCAGUGAGAUGAGAGCUGUGAUUAAGGCCCAGCACCCAGACUACUCUUUUGGGGAGCUCAGCCGACUGGUGGGGACAGAGUGGAGAAACCUUGAGACAGCCAAGAAGGCAGAAUAUGAAGAGCGGGCAGCUAAAGUUGCUGAGCAGCAGGAGAGAGAGCGAGCAGCACAGCAACAACAGCCGAGUGCUUCUCCCCGAGCAGGCACCCCUGUGGGGGCUCUCAUGGGGGUGGUGCCACCACCAACACCAAUGGGGAUGCUCAAUCAGCAGUUGACACCUGUUGCAGGCAUGAUGGGUGGCUAUCCGCCAGGCCUUCCACCUUUGCAGGGCCCAGUUGAUGGCCUUGUUAGCAUGGGCAGCAUGCAGCCACUUCACCCUGGGGGGCCUCCACCCCACCAUCUUCCGCCAGGUGUGCCCGGCCUCCCGGGCAUCCCACCACCGGGUGUGAUGAACCAAGGAGUGGCCCCUAUGGUAGGGACUCCAGCACCAGGUGGAAGUCCAUAUGGACAACAGGUGGGAGUUUUGGGGCCUCCAGGACAGCAGGCACCACCUCCAUAUCCUGGCCCACAUCCAACUGGACCUCCUGUUAUACAACAGCCAACAACACCCAUGUUUGUGGCUCCCCCACCGAAGACCCAGCGACUUCUUCACUCCGAGGCCUACCUGAAAUACAUUGAGGGACUCAGUGCUGAGUCUAAUAGCAUUAGCAAAUGGGACCAAACUCUAGCAGCUCGAAGACGUGAUGUCCAUUUGUCAAAAGAACAGGAGAGCCGCCUCCCCUCUCACUGGCUCAAAAGUAAAGGGGCCCACACCACCAUGGCAGAUGCCCUCUGGCGUCUACGGGAUUUGAUGCUUCGAGACACCCUCAACAUUCGCCAAGCGUACAACCUAGAAAACGUUUAGUAACAUCAUUAUGUUUUUUUUGUUGUUUUUUUUUUUUUUUUUUUUUUUUAUAGAAGCAUAAAGAGUUGUGGAACAGUAGCCAUUUUAGUUACUGGGGGUGGGGGGAAGGAACAAAGGAUAAUGAUUUUUAUUGCAUUUUACUGUACAUCACAAGGCCAUUUUUAUAUAAGGACACUUUUAAUAAGCUAUUUCAAUUUGGUUUUGUUAUAUUAAGUUGACUUUAUCAAAUACACAAAGAUUUUUUGGCAUAUGUUUCCUUUGUUUAAAACCAGUUUCAUAAUUGGUUGUGUAUGUAGACUUGGAGUUUUAUCUUUUUACUUGUUGCGAUGGGACUGAAACCAUCCAAGGUUUUGUCUUGGCUUGGGGUUUUGGGGGGUUUUUGUUUUGUUUUGUUUGGGGUUUUUGUUUUGUUUUGUUUUGUUUUUUACAAAAGAAAAAAUGAAAAAAAAAACACAAGAGUUUACAGAUUAGUUUAAGUUGACAAUGAAAUGUGAAGUUGGUCCUAGUUUACAUCUUAGAGAGGGUAGCGUGUUUGUAUAUGUUUCAUGUGCCUGAAUAUCUUAAGCCACUUUCCCAAAAAGCUGUUUCUUACAGGUAAAGUGCUUUCUUUGAAAGGUUGUUUAGAUUAUGGGUGUUUGAGAGACAUGGCACAUUUGCUCUGUUAACUCAGAGGCUCACUAUAGAAAUCUGUGGUCAAUGUUGUGUGUCCACCCACAGCCUGUGUGCCUCCCAAAUUCCUGGAGGGAAUGCAGUUUUUCUUGUGCCGAGUUAGACAUCUAUGGUGUCAAGUGGUUUUGCAGAAAAUGUUCAUAGCCCUGAAUUAUAUCUAGUCUUGGCAGGUAAGUUUAAGGGUACUUUUGAUCUGUUUCUAAUGAAUUUGCAACUUAUGCCUAUAUAUGUUAGAUGUGUUUGAAAUUUCAAAUCUAUUACAUUGAAAACUUCAAAGUUCAUCUUGAGGAAAGCAUAGAGGUAUGCAUGGAGGUGAUUUAUUUUUAAGCAUAACACUUAACAUAAAGAAGGAAGUGUGUAAUUGGAUCUGAGCUGUGUCAUGAGCAUAAUUGUGACAUACGGUAGAUUACCUGCACUUGCAAAUGUUUCAUAGUCAUUGUUUCUUUAUUAUCAGUUGUGGCAUUUUUUUUUUCUUCUAAGUUUCAGGGUUGUAAUUCUCAAUCAGAAAUUUAUUUCUUCCUAAAAUAUGUUUUUCAAUUUAGCUUGUGCUUUUGAAUUAUAGGAGAAGGGAAUCAUAAUUUAAGAAAAAUGCUCACUAAAGAGACCAUUAUGGAUCCCAAACACUUGGGUUUGGUGACCUCGUCUUUCUUAUAUGGCCCUAGAAUAAACAUUUGGAGGCAGCAUAUGCUGCUUAGAUGGUAGGAAACUGCAAACAUGGAACAUUACUUCACUUGGUGGUGUGUUUUUGAAACCUGCUUUAUUGUAACAGGAUGGUUGCAUUGUCAAGGUGAAGCUUCCACACUGCUGUUUGUAAGUUGAGAGAUUGACUUGCAGAGGGUACUUUUUUCCUUUUAAUCUGCUCUGAAUCAAUACCCAGAUGUUUAAUUACCAUACUUAAUAAAUCAUGAGGGCAAAAGAUUAUAGAAUGGAAAAAGUCUGUUGUAUCUAGAUAAUUACAAGGAGGCCCUUGUAAUUUAAUUGCCAUUAGUCAACCACUGGAUCUCAGUUUGCAUCAAGUAUUUUAAAUAAUUUUGAAUUUUAAAAAAUGUAUUGCAGUAGUAUUUCAGUACCUUAUUGUUAAACUGAAUCAGAUAAAGAAAUCUCCAAUUCCUGGUUAUUUCGACCAUUGAAUCAUCAUGGACUGUGUAAUGCAAUCAGAUUCUUUCUUUUUAGACAUCCUUGAAUUACACCAAAGAACCUGAAACUUAAUUUUGGUUAAAUUAUUUAUUUAUUUCAUACAUUCAUUUUAUUUCCCUUUUUAAGGUCUGGAUGAGACUUUUGGG